AGCAAACCACCAUACCAUAGUCGACUCGCAAUCGCAACGAAACCAAACAACCCGACCGCUUCGAGAAGCCAAGCCUCGCCUCGCUACCAAGGCACCCAGACCCAGGCCUCCUCCCGGGAAUCGGAAACCGCGUCCCAGCCACGCCCGCCAGCCCAGCCCCAACCCAUUCGUCGCUCCCCUGAUCCAUCCGGCGACGCGGCGCGGCGCGGCGGAGCAAGGAACGAAGGCUCGAGCAGCAGGCGGGCGGAGAGGAUCCGGAGGCCGGAGAGAUGGCGGAGAACCCGCAGCUGUUCGGGAACGGGAUGCCCGUGCCCUUCCACGGCGAGAUGUUCGUCCUCGCCCGCGACGGCGUCGAGUUCCACGUCGACAAGAUCCCCUCGGCGCCCGGCGGUCACGCAAAAACAAAGGGCACCAUAUACCUUUCUAACAUAAGGAUGGUGUUUGUCGCCGCCAAGCCUAUUGGGAAUUUCUUUGCCUUCGAUAUGCCUCUGUUGUACGUGCACGGUGAGAAGUUCAACCAGCCGAUAUUUCACUGCAACAAUAUCUCUGGAUUUGUUGAGCCGGUUGUUCCAGAAAGCCAGAACAGGGCUUUGUACUCCACCCACACCUUCAAGAUCUUGUUCAAGGAAGGUGGAUGUGGCACCUUUGUGCCACUCUUCCUGAACCUGAUCACGUCAGUGCGGCGCCACAAUCAGUUUGAAGCCCAGCCUGCUACCGUGCCCCGUGUGGACCCCAUGCAGGCAGCGCAAACUCCUGUUGACGACAUGAUGCGCCAUGCGUAUGUCGAUCCACAUGAUCCUACCAAGAUCUUCCUCCAGCAGCCUGCAGCAGAAUCCCAGCUUAGGAGGAGAAACUACCACGGCCCCGCUGACAACACGUACUGAUGCUUUGGCCUGAUUGGGAAGUGCAUGUGUUUUCAACGAUCUAUAUGUGGUGCACACGAGCAAUAUAUCUGUUUGGUGUCAUUCUGGUGAUUCUCAGUGAAGAACGUGGUGGAAGUAUACUACUCGCAUUAUCUUGGACAAUUGUGUGUCUCGCUGUUGGAUUCAGCCCAGAUCUUGGUAAUAAUGUACAUACAAAGUGAUCUGCUUGACUAUAUAUAUGUUGCUGAUCUCGUCGUA